GAGGGUGGGGAUUUCCGUGUCCAGUCCCACAUACCAUUCUCAGGCUGAGCCCCACCGGCCCGGUGGGCUCCCAGAUCUCCCGGUGCAUUGAGGCUGUGCUUCGGGAGCCGUCCGCCCCCCUCUCCCCUCAUCCAUGUAGUCCCUUUGGAUGCAAUUGAUGCAGCGUACGCCCGCUGCAUAAUUGCAGUGCCAUCAAAAACCUGAAGCAUUCAAAGGACAGGAAAUGACUUAACGCCCAGAGCCAUUUGCAUAAGCAUUAUUUUGCCCUCACAGCUCGUAAAUUAAGUCAGUGACAGUACGACAUUAGAGUCGCUGCUGGAAUGCUUACAGUCACCUCAUGUCCGCCCCUAACGUCCCUGAACCAACAGCAGCAGCUGCACGGACGUGGGGAGCCCUGUGUGGUGAACCCCUACAGCACCCACGGUGGGGCUGUGUGGGGCUGAGAGGGGCUGUGUGAGGCGUGUAGGGCUAUGAGGGGCUGUGUAGGGAUGUGUGGGGCUAUAUAGGGCUGUGUGGGACUGUGUGAGGCUGAAAGGGGCUGUGUAGGGGCUGUGUGGGGCUAUGAGGGGCUGAGAGGGGCAGCGUGGGGCUGUGUAGGGCUAUGAGGGGCUGUGUGGGGCUGGAUGAGGCUAUGAGGGGCUGUAAGGGGCCGAGAGGGGCAGAGUCGGGCCGUGUGAGGCUAUGUACGGUUAUAGGGGCUGUGCGGGGCUCGGUGGGACUGAGAGAGGCUGUGUGGGGCUACGAGGGGCUGCGAGGGGCUGAGAGUAGCAGAGUUGGGCUGUGUGGGGUCGGGGGGGGCGGUGCGGGGCCGCGCAUCCCCCCGGCACCGCCGCCCGUCGGGGGUCCCUGGCGUUGCCACGGCAACGAACCGGGGCGGAGCAGCCAAUGCCGACGCCCGGGUGGGCGGGAGAGGGGCGGGGCGGGGAGCGGAGCGGCAGCGGGCGGCCGGCACAGGUCUUGCUGGAGCGCGGCCAGCAGCCGGCCCUUGUGCGCACCACGGAGGAACCACCGGCAUCCCCAUGUGAGCCCGCUGUGCCAGGGCAGGCAGCCCGCACCAUGAGCCUGGAGAAAGCCGGGGGUCGGUUUUGCAGCGGGAAGCGCGCCGGUCUGCCGGCCCAGCGGCCCUUCCCCGUCAUCCAGAAGGUGGUGGCAUCCAUGGCGCACCUGCAGGAGGAGAAGCUGCGGCUGCAGGAGGAGCUGCUGGCUCUGCAGGAGAAACUGGCUGCCCGCGAGAGCGAGGAGAUCGCUGCCUCCGUCCAGCUGCGAGGGCAGGUUGAAAACUUGAAGGCGAACCUCCGGGAGCAGGCGCAGGAGAUCGGCAGGCUGCGCUCCGAGAUGGGUGGCACGGAUGCGGAGAAGCACCGGGACCUGCUGGCGGCUGAGAAUGAGCGGCUGCGGCAGGAGAUGAAGGCGCGUGAAGGGGAGCUGCGGGAGCUGCGGCGGCAGCAGGCGGCGUGCCGGGACUGCACCCACCUCCAGGAGAGCGCCGGGCUGCAGGAGCGGCUGUGCCAGCUGCAGAGGGAGGCGGAGGAGGCCCGAGCCAAGCUGGCGGAGCUGGAGCUGGAGGUGCAGCAGAAGACGAACCGCCUGGCCGAGGUGGAGCUGCGGCUCAAGGAUUCGCUGGCCGAGAGAGCGCAGGAGGAGGAGAGGCUCAGCCGGCGGCUGCGGGACAGCCAGGAGACCAUCGCCAGCCUCAGGGCUCAGCCCCAGCAGAUAAAGUACGUCAUCAAGACGGUGGAGGUGGAGUCAGCCAAGGCGAAGCAGGCCCUGUGCGAGAGCCAGUCCCGAAACCAGUACCUGCAGGAGCAGGUGGGGAUGCAGAGGCAGGUGCUGAAGGAGAUGGAGCAGCAGCUGCAGAGCUCCCAGAAGACGGCGGCUCAGCUCCGGGCGCAGAUUGCCAUGUACGAGACAGAGCUGGAGCGGGCCCACGGGCAGAUGCUGGAGGAGAUGCAGGCGAUGGAGGACGAGAAGAACCGUGCCAUCGAGGAGGCGUUUUCCCGUGCCCAAGUGGAGAUGAAGGCGGUGCAUGAGAACCUGGCGGGCGUGCGGACCAACCUGCUGACGCUGCAGCCGGCGCUGCGCACCCUCACCCACGACUACAACAGCCUGAAGCGGCAGGUGCGGGACUUCCCCCUGCUCCUCCAGGAGACCCUGCGGAGCGCCAGGGCCGAGAUCGGACAAGCCAUUGAGGAGGUGAACAGCACCAACCGGGAGCUGCUGCGCAAGUACCGCCGGGAGCUGCAGCUCCGCAAGAAGUGCCACAACGAGCUGGUGCGGCUGAAAGGGAACAUCCGCGUCUUCGGGAGAGUCCGCCCCAUCACUAAGGAGGAUGGAGAGGGCCCGGAGGCGGUCAGCGCGGUGACAUUCGAUGCGGAUGACGACGCCGUCCUGCACCUCCUGCACAAGGGGAAGCAGGUGUCCUUUGAGCUGGACAAGGUGUUUCCCCCGCAGGCGUCCCAGGAGGAGGUGUUUCAAGAGGUUCAGGCCCUGGUCACCUCCUGCAUCGAUGGGUACAACGUCUGCAUUUUUGCCUACGGACAGACAGGGGCAGGGAAGACGUACACGAUGGAGGGAACCUCUGCAAACCCAGGCAUCAACCAGCGGGCCCUGCAGCUGCUCUUCUCCGAGGUGCGGAGCAAGGCGGCCGACUGGGACUACGCCAUCAGCGUCAGCGUGGCCGAGAUCUACAACGAGGCACUCAGGGACCUGCUGGGGAAGGAACCCCAGGAGAAGCUGGAGAUCAAGCUGUGCCCUGAUGGCAGCGGGCAGCUCUACGUACCCGGACUGACUGAGUUCAGCGUGCAGAGCGUGGAGGACAUCAACAAGGUCUUCGAGUUCGGCCACGUCAACCGCGUGACGGAGUGCACCAACCUGAACGAGCACAGCUCCCGCUCCCACGCGCUGCUCAUCGUCACCGUCCGCGGCCUCGACCGCAGCACGGGGCUGCGCACCACGGGGAAGCUGAACCUGGUGGACCUGGCGGGCUCGGAGCGCGUGGGGCGCUCGGGCGCGGAGGGCAGCCGGCUGCGCGAGGCGCAGUACAUCAACAGGUCGCUGUCGGCGCUGGGGGACGUCAUCUACGCGCUGCGCUCCCGCCAGGGCCACGUGCCCUUCCGCAACUCCAAGCUGACCUACCUGCUGCAGGACUCGCUCAGCGGGGACAGCAAGACCCUCAUGAUGGUGCAGGUCUCCCCCGCCGAGAAGAACAGCAGUGAGACGCUGUGCUCCCUGAAGUUUGCUGAGCGUGUCCGCUCCGUGGAGCUGGGCCCUGUGUCCCGCAAGGCCGAGCUGGUGUCCUGGCCCAGCCAGGAGCAGCUGGAGGGUGACUUGCCGGGAUCCUCCGGCCGGGGCCACGCGUCCCCCAGCCCUGGGCUGCCCAGCGGCCGCAGCACCUCCAUCCGCAGGAAGCUGCAGACCUCAGGGAAGCUGAGGCCGGUCCCCGUGUGACACACGCUGCAGGACUCAGCCCCUCACCCACCUCGGUGCCCCGGCCACGUUCGGAGCUGUACCUGGGGGUGGCAGUACCCCCUCCUGCCGUGGCACCUCCCGUCGUGAGACACACGGCUCUGGGACUUCUCAUUCUUGCUGGCUUUAGGCAGAGCAAGGAGCCUUCCCACCUCUGCAGCUUUGUUUUUAGGACAGUUGGGGUAUCUGGCUGGAAGGAUCGGGGCUGAGCACCCCCAUCUCACUGCGGUGGGGACGCUGCUGCUGCAGGAGCCUGGCUCGGAGCAGUGAGCACCGGGCUGAAGUGCGGGACGAGGUUUGGCUUGGCGUGACUGUGCCCAGCUCCCUGCCAUAAGGUUCUGCUCCACCCCGCGCCCCCCACCCUGGCCUCUUUUGGAGCAGCACGGCCCAGAUUUGAAGCCGGAAUAACCCCAGCAGUUCCUUUCCCUGUUGGAUUCUCAUGCCCUAUUGCACGAAGGCACCCCGGUGCUGCUGCAUGCACCCUGCCCAAAGGGAGAGCAGCCACAGGGCUGCCCCCCUGGCACCAGCAGGGGCUUUGCAGUCUUGAAGGAAGCUAUUGUAAAGUGACUGAACAGUUGUCUUCUCAAGAGAGAUCACAGUGUGGUCAAGAUGAAUGUGUUUGAAAUAUUUAUAACCUGUUUACAUGGUCUUGGAAUGGGAAAAAAAAACCCCUCCAGCCCAGUGCUGUUGGAGUACGUGUGGUGGUGGGGGCUGGCAGGGGCACGGAGGGGCAGUGGGAGCCCCAGUGCAGCUCCUGGGGCAGCUGCAACCAUGGGAGGUAUGCACUGCACCUUCCAGCUCCUGGCACUCCUCCACGCCAUAUCCUAUUAAAGAAAAAAAAAAAAAAGGGAAAGAAAAAAAGGGAAAAAUAAAUCUAGUCUUUUGUUAAGAUUAGAUGUUUCUAUGUAUUUUAAUAAUAUAUAUAUAUCCUGUUUUAUAACAAAAUUAUUUUAAAUAAAGCAUUAAAGCCA